AUGCCUUUUUACCGGAAACCCAGAAAUUUUACACCAUUGUGCAUGAUAUCAGAGAAAAAGUCUAUAAAAAACAAUGUCCAUCAUUCUAUAUUCACAUCACGUUUUGAUAAAUUCGUGGGCGAUUGGAGAAAUGACUUGAAACAUGGUAAAGGAUAUUUUUUAACUAUCGGGGGCAAACUUUACGAAGGUGAUUGGUAUAAUGGUUUCAGACAUGGUAAUGGGACUUUAAGUAAUCGGCUACCAAAUGGUACAUUUUGUUUGGAAUACCGUGGGGAUUGGGUUAAAGGUAAGCCGGAAGGCGUUGGCUGGUGGUACUAUAAAAAUGGGGACGUCUACUUUGGUUUCUGGAAGAGAGGAUACCGUCAUGGAUACGGAAAAAUGUGGUACUCUGAUGGCACUCUAUACGUCGGGUACUGGCAUAUGGGUGUUAAGGAAGGUUUAGGCAUGUUUGUUCAAGUGAAUGGUAAUCGCUACGAAGGGAAUUGGAAAAACGACAAGAAGAAUGGUUUAGGUCGUUUCUACCACAUGAGCACGGGACAACUUCAGAAAGGCUGCUGGCUAAAUAAUUUGUGUGUAAAGUCCAAAAUGUUAGAUAUCACUGUAAGACAGUUUUGUGUCCGCCCAACAGAAUAUCCUAUACCUCUGGAAACUCUUCAAGACUCAAGAAAAAUACUAGAAGAGAGUAAACUCUGGUUAUCUCAAUCACUCGGUGACAUAGACAAACAAUUAAAAAACUGCAUCGAUUGA